GUGAGAAAUUGGAGGAUAUGCUUCCAAAUAUGGAGGUGCCAGGAGGUGCUGAUGUCUACUCACCGGGAUAUUGUUAAGAAGUGACCGUAAGAGUUAUAUUAUGACCCUAUUCGGCCUUUAUUGCUGAAAUAAGAAAAACCCUGAAAGGGAUGGACCAGCCUUCAUAGCCGGCCACAACCUCUCAGUUGCCAGCCACCACCUCUCAGCUGCCAAUCACUAAUCUAACCCAGACCGACCUUCAUCGCUGGCGGUAACAGCAACAGAGCCAUAAGUUGCGGCUCCCUUGCUGCAACCAGCUGUGCCUAGCCACUCCUAGCCAUCCAGUUGCAAGCCACAAGCAGUGGCCCCCUCCUUGCACAGUUUGCUCCAAUCAUUUGGUCAACUAGCCGGAAGCUAGCCGCUCUAGUUUACCCUAACCAUUGGUCUCCUCUGUUGUGCCCAACAACCCGUUUGCUAGCUAGCUCUAGUCAUAGACAAUCCAAAAUAGCUGCUGCUUCCUUCAGUUGCUACUCCCAGCUGCAAGCCAGGUGCCUUCCAGCAGUCCCUUCGGUCAGACACACAAACGUGUGGCGGCCUCGUAAAAUCUUUCAUGUGAUUUUUAUUUUGCCUUAAUUGUCAUAUAAAUUUUAGAUCAUGUCGAAGGUUACAUUGCAAGGUAUAGAUUAUUUGGCUCAUUCAGGUCUGUUUUCUAUCUUCCAUGGUUUAAAUACCUCAGGUAAUUUUUUUUGUAUUAUCAUAGAUUGUGGACUCAAAAGCUGUAGAUAACAUCAAACUCUGCUCAAUUUUUUAGCACAUCAUGCCUCAGUAAUAGGAAAAUUGUUAUUAUUGAAGGUUCACCAACCAUAGUAGCAGGAUUAGAACCAUAACACUCUGCCCUCACUUUACGCUUGCUAAUGUGUUAUAUGUCCAUAAAUUGUGCAUCAAUCUAAUAUCAGUAACUAAGGUGUCCAAAAAUCUCAAAUUUAAAGUGAUUUUUUCUUCCUCUCUUUGUGAAUUUUAGGAGUAGAACUCGGGGAAGAUGAUUGGACAUUCUGAGACUCGGAGCGGGUUAUACUUCCCAAAUUCAUCUGAGACACCAUGAACUGCCUUUUCGACCAGCACUCUUAAUAAAAUAUGACUCUAUCCCAGAAGAUUAGGUUGAGGUUGCAUUUGCUGGUGAAGGAAAGGAAGAAGAUGUCAAGUCUGAAAAUGCAAGCACAUCUCUGAAAGUUUUGCUACCAUGGAUGAUCAAGCAAGGAAUGAAUCUUACCAAGGAGCAACGUGGAGAGGUCAAGCAAGAGACGAAGGUGGACGGCAGUUCAGCAGCAGUUCCAUUUUCUGACGACAAGAAAACUGUUGGAAGUGAUGAUCAAAAGAACGUACAGGAUGAGUAUGUGAAAGCUUAUUAUGCAGCUCUGCUUAAGAAGCAGCAAGAAAUGGCUGAAGCAGCUAACAAACAGCCAGAGUCAUCAAGCAUGCUAACCUCUGAUGGUUCUGGCACAUCUUCUAAUCGUCAAGUUGGUAUGAAGUCUAAACAUGAUGAAGAUGAACCAGACGAUGAUGUUGAUUGGGAAGAUGCUCCGAUUGCAGGCAAUACAAAUGAAGGUUACAAGGUUGGCGACUUAAAUGUUGAAGCAGAGGCUUCAGGAGGGGAUGAUGAUGACGUGGACUGGGAGGAAGGUUGACACUGUUUUCUGGCAUGCCAAAAGUGGCAGAUUCACAGGCAUAUGUUGAUUAAUACAAAGAAAGCAAGUCAUAAGGUGUUAUCAAUUUUUUCAUACCUUUCAAAGAAGAUACUGUUGAGGAGGCCUGAUAAGAAUCUAACCCUUUGAAGCUCGAGAAAACUCGGGUUCAGUUCUAUAACUCUACUGCCAUUUUUUUUUUUUUCGGAUUCUACUUUCAAUUUUACUUAUAUAUGGUUGAUCUUUUCUGGGGUUCCCCAUAUAGACCAUGUAGUAUAUACUUUUAAAUCACAGAACUGUGAGGUGAGUGACUGAAAUUUGUUUGAUGGAAGAUGGUCUUCUUGAUGAGCGACCGAUUUAGCUGACUACGUUGAAAAUGUAAUAUGGGUCUGCCGUUACAUCUGAAAUUAAACUAGGUUUGAAUCUAUCAACGUCAUCCCCAGGCUGUUGAACUCUAUCAGUGCUUGUGAUAUGUUAAUAGACUUAAGAAGAAGCCACUAAAAAUGUAUAUCUGGAACUAAUAUGCCUGUAUUGAUGGCAUUUAUUCCCAGACAGGGACAUCAGCAACAUGGUUUAAUUGUUUAAUCCGUGAUAUUACAUCUAGAAUAUUAAGGGUAUGUUUGGAUCAAA